UGAGAAGAACAUUCAUAUCGCAGAUGCACAGUAUGAUACUUUCAUGAGGAUGCACUUUAAGAAAGGACAGUUCGAUGGACGGGCACAGACUCAGGGUCUUGAGAUACAUCGUCGAGUCGAGGAGUUACGCUCUACUCUUGGACGAGAUGUCACUCCAGAUGAGGUCAGUCAGAUCUAUAGGGAGGUGGUGACGCCAGAUCCGAAGGGGCGUAGACUCGGAUUGGGCAUUAUGUCUCAGAUGCGUUCCACUGGUUCGACGAGCACUCAUUCGACGUGCUCGUCUCAAUUUCCUUCAGCAUCAGUCUCAGCUCAGAUUGCACAGCUCCAGACAGAGUUAGAGCAGACACAACAGAGAGAGGCUACUCUACAGGCUACUCUACAGGCUGAGGUGCAGGAGCGAUGACGAAAAGAAGUAGAAAUGGAUACUAGGCAAUUGGAAAUGCAACAACAAAUUUCUCAACUUAUGAAAUUCUUCCAAUCAUCCUCAGGGUCGUUCCCCCGUUCCUCGUCUCCACCCUAGAUACAUGUUUUGUACUUAUUAUAUAUUGAUAUCAGAUUUUUAUUUAGAUGUUUAUGAAUUUAUUACACUAACAGGUAUCCUUUAUGAUAUUUUAUUAGUUUGAUUUUGA